AUGCAGAGCAUGCAAAGGCGAUUUGGUCGAAUGACCACUGCCAAGUUGGCAGACAAUAGUCAAGUCGCUGUUCUGCUCAAAGACUUUGAAGAUGCCGACAACCUGUUUACCAAAAUCAUUGAAUCCACCAAAGCAUGGCGAGACGCAUGGGUUUCCAUUGCGACCUUCCAGAGUCGCCUGGCCGAUGAGUUUGAUGGACUAUACGCACCGAUCGUCGGGUCCUCCGAAACCGAGACACGCCACACUCCGCAGGACACUCCCGCGGCCCUCUUGACCCGAACGAGUAAUCUUCGUCGUGAAUAUGACGACCUGCGAACGGACCUGCUUGAGGAGCUCAAGAUGGUGGAGCAGCGCAUGUCGCAACCAGCCGAACAGGCCAAAAGCUACCUGGCCCCGGUCAAGAAGUCGAUCAAGAAGCGGAAUGACAAGAAGUCCGACUAUGAACGUUUCCAAGGCAAAGUCGACAGCCUCAUUCACAAACCCAAACGAUCCGAUCGCGAGAAUGCUGCCCUUGCGAAGGCCGAGGCCGAGUUGACUGUUGCCAAAGAGAUCCUCCAGCAGGCUGACCAUGACCUGCUCCAACGACUGCCCACACUCAUUUCCCUGCUGUUCUCGCUGGCACCCUUCAUCCUUCAAGCGCAGGUGGAGAUUCAAAAUCGCAUGCUCGCGCACUAUUACACUGUGCUUUCCGGUUACUGCGAAGAUGAAGGGUGGCCCAAUCCACCGCCUCCCAUGGACCAAGUCAUACAGACCUGGGAGGACGCCAACAGCUCCGCCCGGGCCGACAUUGACUCAAUGGCCAUUGUGGCACACGGCAAGGCUCUUCGCCUGACUCAAGCACAGGAAGGACAAAAUAAGCGACCGUCAGUCGGUGGUCGGAGUAUCAGCACCAUGUCGUCCACGUCCUCCAAUCGCAGCGCGCAAAGCCUGCCGCGAUACAAUGUUCCACCCCCCAUGCCGGGUCCGAAACCAUGGACCUCCGAUGGACGAUCCCCAUCCCCAAGCUCUUCGGUGAUGACGCUGCCCAUCUCGAUCGCCAGUGCGUCGAGUACUCCCCCACUUUCUUCGGGCUACGAUUCACGUCUAUCAUCCCCGCCUGUGGCUGCGUCAAACCCGUUCCUCCACCCGACCACCCCGUCAUAUGGGCCUACGUUUGCACCUGCCGGUCCCAACGUUGAUUACUUUCAACAACAACGCCGUGCCUCUUCGACGACUGUGUCGAGUACUGGGGCUGAUUCCUUCGCUGCCGCUUCCCUCAAGAAAAGGAAGCCACCCCCUCCACCCAGAGCAGCAACGUAUGUCACUGCGAUGUACGAUUUUGGAGGUCAAAACACCGGGGAUCUCUCGUUUCAAGAAGGCGAUCGUAUUCGCGUGAUACGCAAAACCCAGAGCACUGACGAUUGGUGGGAGGGCGAAUUGCGUGGUGUCAAGGGAGCCUUUCCAGCAAACUAUGUCGAGUAA